AUGUUGCUUGGCAGGCCAUGGAUACACGAGAACAAAGUUGUCCCAUCCUCCUACUUUCAGUGUUUGAAGUAUCUUGAAGGCAGUGUCGAAAAGAAGAUAGUUGUUGAUGAUAAGCCAUUUACUGAAACAGAGUCACACUUCGUCGAUGCGAAGUUCUACUUGAAAAACUACAUGGUAAGAGAAGUAAAAGUCGAUGACAUCGCAACGACCAAGAGUGAUAAGAUCGCAACUGAAAGAGCUGAUGAGACUAUUGGAAAAGUUGAAGUUGGUGCUGAGGUGUCGCACUCCAGUCCCAAUAAAGGGAACACCGUGUCUUUAAAAAAGAAGAAGACAACUCCCGUGCUCUGCUAUGUCCCAAAGUUGAAGAAAAGGGAAGGUCAACCAUCUGAAGCUCAAGAAAAUACGCUAGGAGGGCUAACUUUUCCCAUCAGACGAAUUGAUGCGAUAAAUUUGUCCUCAAAGUUACUUGGAGACUUCGUGGCUCAGAAUCCGCCACAAAAUAUGGCACUCCCUACAAAAUGUACAAAUGAAGGCUUUGAUCCAAAUGCUUACAAGUUAUUUGUCAAGGCUGGGUACAACCCCAACAAGCCAUCAAAGUUAGGGAAACUUCCAUCAGAAGCUAGCAUGAUACAAUCACGUGAAGGUCUGGGAUACAAACAACCUCCGCCAGUUCGCAUAUCCAUAAGAAGGGCAAGUAUCAACUACAUCACUGUGGAAGAUGAGUCUGUUACUUCCAACAAAAGGCCUUCAGUGUUUGAUCGUCUUGGAAAGUCGGCCACGAAAGCUUCUGUAUUUGAGAGAUUAGGGCCGUUAAAACUGAAGAAGAAAAGGAAGAACAAGUUCCACAGAGAUUAUCAAAGCGUGAAAACGCUUGCUUUGCCUGGAACCCAGAGGGAUAUACAAAUGUAUACCAAGGAGCGUGACGAAGAUGAGGAGAGUAUAGGUUCUUUAUAUUAUAUUACCGCACAAAGUGAUCAAGAUACUUCAUUUCAGAUAGAGGUUGCCGAGAAGUUGGAGGACAUUUUCUCGUGUUACCACAUAUCUUUCAAUGAUAGAGAUCCUCGAGAGGAUGAAGAUGCCAGAGAUGCUCCUCCAGAACUUGAAGAAGGGGUGAAGACCACAGUAGACUCUUUGAAAGAAGUUAAUCUUGGUACUGAUGAAGACCCAAGGCCCACCUACCUAAGUGCUUUUCUAACAGGUGAUGAAGAAGACACUUACAUGGAAAUACUCAAAGAAUAUAGGGAUGUUUUUGCUUGGAGUUAUAAAGAGAUACCUGGAUUAGAUCCCAAAGUAGCAGUUCAUCAUCUGGCGGUCAAGAAUGGUGCCCGUCCUGUUAAGCAGGCCCAAAGGUAUUUCAGACCAGAUUUGGUUCCUUCAAUCGAAAAUGAAGUCAACAAACUCAUUGAAGCUGGCUUUAUUCGUGAAGUUAAAUAUCCUACAUGGAUUUCGAGUAUCGUUCCCGUAAAAAAGAAGACUGGACAAAUUCGAGUUUGUGUUGACUUCAGGGAUCUUAACAACGCAUGCCCUAAAGAUGAUUUCCCGCUUCCCAUCCCAGAAUUGAUGAUUGAUGCUACCACUGGUUACGAGGCGAUGUCUUUCAUGGACGGUUAA